AUGACGCAAAUACCACGUUCGAAGGCCAAGACGGCGCACGUCAACAUGAUGACCGAUACCAUCAUAGCAAACCUACCGGCGGAUGCACUUCGAAGCGUGAUCAGAGUCAUCUUGACAACGGAGCCAUCAGCUACAAGCAUCCUAGAAGAACAGACGCGAAUCUAUCUCAAGAAAACCGCCAAUCAGUCCGUCGAUCAGCUGUUCCAAUCGACGACCGAGGGGGUUGCCUCAACCUCGAACUUCACAUGGGCCCAGCAGCGCCUACGUUGCGCCAUAGGAUGCGGAUUGGUUCUCGACAGCUUCCCAAUACUCAAUAAGAUCGUAGACGAAUCCGUCAGCCUUGCCGACCAACACACCGUGCCUCGGUCGACAGAACUCAACCACAGUUUGGCCUCUGUUGACGGUGAUAUCGUGCAGGCAUUGACUGCAAUUCAAAAGCGCUUGUUGUCCAACAGUGGCAGCAGAGACCUCAACGAAGAGGAAAGACCGGCGAUGGACUCCCUCUUCACUUCAUUGCUACGAUGUCACCAAAAAUGGCUUGCAUCUGCGCAAGACUUUCCUUUCGAACGAAGCACUGCAGUUCUUGCGACUAUGCUUGGCCGCGAAAGCGGUAUACCGACACUGGCUCAUCAAGAUAGCUCUUGCCAAAGUCAAAUUACCGGACGGAAGACAUCGACCUCUAUCGAGACUUUCAAAGUCAAGAGUAUCGAGCUGCCGAAGCUAUUCGCGGGCCUCUGGCAACUGUCUAGUCCAUCAUGGGGUACUGCGUCACAAACACAGAUGUUCAAGCAAUUUGCAGAAUACAUUGCAGGUGGCUUCACAGCAUUUGACAUGGCUGACCAUUAUGGCGAUGCUGAGGUUAUAUUUGGACGACUGAGAGCCUCGCUAGCUGACCCUGAGGCCGUUUUCGGUGCCACGAAGUACUGUGUGUUCCACAAGAUUACCGUAACCCCCGAAGUCAUCCGCGCCAACGUCACAGAGCGGUGCCAGCGCAUGAGUGCCAGCAAGGUCGAUCUUCUGCAAUUCCAUUGGCAAGAUUACAAUGACCAUCAGUAUAUCGAAGCGCUGCGACUGCUGCGGCAAGACGAACGAGUUCGACAUCUGGGCCUUUGCAACUUCGACACAGCGCGUCUCCAAGAAGUCAUUGACAAUAAUAUUGAUGUCGUCACCAACCAGGUCCAAUUUUCCCUCAUCGAUGCACGCCCACGGUUUGGGAUGGGCGAGGUUUGCGCACAACACAAUGUCAAACUCCUCACAUAUGGCACUCUUUGUGGAGGCUUUCUGGCUGAGAAAUGGCUCGGUAAACCUGAACCACAGCUGUUUGGUCCUGACACGACACCAUCGCAGCGGAAGUACUUCGAGAUGAUCCAGACAUGGGGUGAUUGGGAUCUGUUCCAGACAUUACUGCAGACUUUGAAGGCUAUCGCGACCAAGCACAACGUCUCCAUCUCGAACGUCGCGACAAGAUGGGUUCUCGACUUUCCAUACGUGGGGGCAGUCAUCAUUGGCGCGCGCAUGGGUGUUAGUGAGCAUACGGAGGAGAACCUGAAGACGUAUGGAUGGAAGCUUGAUGAAGAAGAUCAGCGGAGUAUUGAAGAUGUGCUGGAGAAGAGCAGGAGGGAGGAAGUGUUCAAGGUCAUGGGCGAUUGCGGGAGUGAAUACAGGUAA